AUGGAGUAUGUGUGUCAACUUCGUAAGCCAGCAGACACUCUCGAGGUGGCAUUGGCCUCCGGCGAGGCGAAAGUCAAAUGUCCCCUGUACAUUUUGUUCUUAAAGGCAGUGAUGGGUGGCUAUUUCGCUGCCCUGGGAGGCCACGCCGCUAUGGUUUUGGCGUCUCACUUUUAUUUAGAACAUCAUUACGCUGCCUCUAAACUGGCGUUCGGUCUCAUUUUCUCAGGUGCGCUCGUCUGUAUCGUCUUCACUGGAACGGACCUGGUGACAAGCAACUGCAUGAACUUCGCCCUGUUGGCAUACACGAUGAGAAUAGGUCCGGGUGAUUACGCUAUUAGAAUGGCCACGUCGCUUAUCGGCAACUACACAGGAGCCAUAACAGGAGCGGCAAUGCUGAGCGCCGGCACAGGGUUCUUUAUGGAGAAUGUAGGGUCUGGUUCGCCAUACUUGAAGGCUGUCUACGACUUCAAGCUGUCGCUGCCGUUCUGGCGCGUGAUAUUCAGUGCUAUCGGUUGCAAUUGCUAUGUAUGCAUGGCGGUCUGGUGCUCCUACGCCUCUUUGGAUUCGUCGGGAGCCAUCUUGUCCAUGGUAUUACUCAUCGCAAGCUUCGCCGUUGCAGGAUUCGAGCAUAUCGUUGCCAACUUCUACACGCUUCACGCAGCGCUCAUGUCUUGCAAGGAAACUUCGUUCCUCACCGUCUACGGAAGCAACUUAGCUCCCACGCUCAUAGGGAACUAUAUCGCAGGCUCGGUCAUUAUCGCACUGCCGAUCUUCCUCAUGUACGGCCGCAAACACGAUGAGAACGUCACACAAACAUAUGAAGACACACCUGUGUGA